AUGAAGACUGUCUAUUACAAAGAAAUCACCUACCAACAGUAUCUCCAACUGCAGCCUGAACAACAGGAGAAAUACCUGGCUUUAUGUCAAAUGGAUUUUGAACGAGAAACUGCAAGAAUUGCAUUUGACCGUCAAGGAGGUGUGCCUGGUAUUGCUAGGAAAUUUGCGCAAGAAGAAGUCGCUUGGUUCGAUCGUGUUACGACGUGGUCAUACAUGAAUGCUUAUAUUCCGAGCUAUAGAAGAAAAAGAACCUAUUUAAAAAUUGAUAUGUUAAAGAUUUCAAAUGCUGAAGAAUAUUGA